GUGGCAGGCAAACGGUAGACAGUUCAGUUCAACACCUUUAUAGUUAGUGUGUUCCACCUGAGCAUAAUUAGCUCACUAACCAACUUACCAACAACUGGAAAGUGUGCUGGAAUUUUCGUCGAUCAUUCUGCAGAUCGGAGUGUUUCUUAACCGUAUAGCUACAUCUACUCACAGUAGAACAGAUAUUCUUGAUUCAGAUUGCAAAGCAAGUAUUUUAUUCCAAAUCAAAAUGGCAGCCAUUUCAGACUUCCGUAAGAAGAAGUUGCUGUAUGUGUUCAACGUGUUCUUCGAUGUUAAUCAGAGUGGAGAGAUUGAUCUUAAAGAUUUUGAACUUGCGAUCGAAAAAAUCUGUGAACUGCGUGGUUGGCCAGCCGGUAAUCCUAAAAAUGUUGAGACACACGAUUCUAUGCUGAAGAUAUGGGAAGGACUACGUUCUAAAGCGGACAAGGACAACGAUGGACAGGUUUCUGUAGAAGAAUGGUGCAAUAUGUGGGAUGCGUAUGCUAAAGAUCCUAGUACGGUCAUGGAUUGGCAGCUUAGGUAUAUGAACUUCAUGUUCGACUUGGAAGAUGCUUCGCACGACGGAACCAUCGAUGGGGAUGAAUUUUCAAUUGUUUGCUCAAGCUACGGCGUGGACAAGAACGAGUGCCAGGAGGCAUUUAAGAAGAUGUCAAAGGGAGCUGUUGAGGUCAACCGCGAAGAGUUUGCCGAGCUGUGGCGUGAAUACUUCUCAUCUGACGAUCCUGUCUCUCCUGGUAACUUUAUCUUCGGUAAAACAUCGUUUUAACGGAGUGGCAUGUAAGAAGAACCCCUAUAUGCUACACAAAAAUGCUGAUAAUACUACAAAGAUGGAGAUGACAACGUUGCUGAUGGUGACGAUAAAACUGUGGUGGAAAUGUUUAGAAGCUGGUAGUAGAUCCUAGCAAGUUAGACAUCAUAGCGGGUUUCCCAGCGGAAGAUUGUUGCGUAUGAGUACUAUAUGCAACAUUUGAUCAACUACGACGCACAACUUUACAAUAAAUAUCAACGUGAAUCAAAUUGGCGAAAAGGUCGAUGGUAAUUGUGAAACGAAAACACCACAAAAAAUACCACAAUAACAAAGGGUAUACAAGCACGCAGAAAGUAAACAAUAUGGAUUUCUUGAAAAACAAAAUAAAAGCCAUCUUCCCUGGUAUCUUCCGUUAGUCCAACAAUGUGUUGUUUCUUUACUGUUUGCCCCUUUUUACUAACCUGACUCUAAAAGUAGCGAGAAGGUACAAUCUUAAAAAAAGAACAAACGAUUCGUACGACCCAAAGUUUGAGACGUGGCAUUGAAGUGCUUCGAACCUAUUUUAAUCUUCUUAUGAAAAUGCUUGAUGCUCUCUCGGUCUGUCAGAAAAACCAUAGCCUUUGUUAAAACCUUUAUCAUGAACAAACUGCCUUCUCCGUAGUGGAAAGGGAACUGCUAGAAAGGGCAUCGUUGAUAUUUGUUUAUGUCACACCACGCAAUUUUUCUUCAGCUUAAAGUCAAUCUGCAAAAUACUGCAAAUGGAUCGCUACAUUAAAUAUGAAAUGAAAGUGUUGCACAUUAGCGUUUACUUUUAGCAGUUUAGAGUCUUAGUUGAGCGAACAUGCCAAACUGCUUCAUCAACGCGGGUGAUGAAGUUCGCGUUCCUUUUUUAUGGUCAUAGAACUGUCGCGAAGCUCAUCGUCCUACAUAAGGUACUCAGUGAAGCAUUUUUUCAUGAAUGCUUUAAGCGCCUUUGACCGUAGGAUGGAGGAGACUCGAGACGAAUGAAAUAUGGUGUGACAAUUUGGUGCUGCUAAACAUUGUUCACUACGACAAGAGUUUCAGUACACUACUCAGUGAUUUAGCGGGAUUUAGGCGUGGAGCGGAUGGAUAUGGACCGGACGAUGAGAAUAAAUCUAAUAAAGUGAGCUACCUUAACGUGUCUCUUAAGUUUGUCUACACUCUCCACGAGCAUGUGGAACUGUUUGUGAGCACAGAUAUGCAAGCAUAUGAUAGAUACAAGAGCCAUGUGUAAGGAGGUUUUCCUAAUAAACUCGUUACCAAUAUUGUAACAAGAUGAGAGAGAACAUUCGUUCCAAUUCAUGAAAGCAGUUGAGUUAUUAAGCUAAAGAUAUAUUUUUUUAUUCCGUCUUUAGAAAUGUUAUGUGUUUUAAAAUAUUAUUUUACUCUCAUUUAUUCCGGUUUUUAGUUUAGUUGUGAAUGUUAUGUCACAUUCACGAUUUAUGUUUUGUGAUUUUUUCCUUUUUCAAUCAAACAGUGGUUUAUUAGAACAUAAAGGUACUGUUAGAAGGACAAGAAAACAGUAUAUUUUUGCUACGACAGAGACGACCUUGAAAUGAGCAGUGUAAGACUAACUGAGCCAUUGAAGGGAUUAUUUCUGAACUAUUAGUAAAAAUUUGUUCCAUAUUGAAGGAAAUAGCAAAACAGGGAAAUUGCUAGCUAUGAUUCAACUUGUAUUAAUCGAAGUUGUCGCAUAAUUUUAUCUACCAUUAUGUAUGUGUAGUCGUGAAUGUGAGCAAACUCUACACUAUAUACGGAAAAUAUGACUCUCUCGAUCUAAAUUCCAUUGGUGUUCAUUGUGAUACACGGCUUCCCAGGAGGUACAGCCGGUAGUUAACGAAAGUAGUGUUUGUCGUGUGAUUUACACAGAUGCCCCCACUUUCUAUAAUAAAUAAUACUGAUAGUAAAACUUGACAACAUAUUUCCCACAUUGGUUGGUUGCAAUAUCUUAAUUAAGCUCCUUAUACGUUUGCAUUUUCAUAUUGCUGUUUGAAGCGUUCUAUUUCCGAUUAGACAACUUCAAGUACUGUUACGCCGUGCAAUGACUCAACCGAAAAAAAUAUUCUAUAAUAUACCAGCCGUUUCUUGAUGUUUCACUUGGUAGAUAAAUCAAAACCAAAUUUAGAUAAAACAAUUCUAUUAACUGUUAUUGUAUCUUAGGAAAGUGUCAGAAACUCUUUCUCUUCCAUGUUAUCGUUUAUCGGUGCAAAUUAUCAACUAAGAAAAGUAGAGCAAAAUGAGAAGAGUUCUGAGAACCUUACACAACAUAUUGAAGUGUAUGUCAUUGUGUACCUACCGUAAUUGUCGUUUUUAUCAGAGCACAGGAGCUUUGUGACAAGUCAAUUAAAAAAUAAAGCCCGAAGCUGUAACAACUAUAACAUAUUUACCAAUCGUUGACAAAAUUACUCGACCAUUUUUCAAUGGUUAAUCUAAUUCAAUCAAUUUCAAUACAAUUAUUGAAAUGAUUGGAUGUUAGAGUCUGAAAUUUGUGUCCUUCAAUCUGGCUUGCUCUGAAAUCGGUCGAUGCAUUUACUACAAACCCUUUCGAAAAUUCAAACUCUAACACACAAAAAAAUUAAUUGGAAGUUGGAAUCGAUAACAAAUCGAUCACUUGAAAUUGAUUACUAAACAGCAAAAUAGAAAUCAAAGUUUAGCAGUAAUGAGGCAAUUGAUGAUUUUAUAUCAACUGCAAUUGAAGAUGGACAAAUAAAUUGCAGAGAAAGGAAUAAAUCAAA